AUGAACGACACAAGAUCAUUUGGUUUUGGUAAUGAUGGUGAACAACGCCAGCAUGCUGCCGCGGCAGUUGUACCUCCGGGGCAGUAUAAGUUUACGCCGGAUGAGCUGAGGGUGCUCGCAGAAUGCAACAAUGAGAGUUUCUAUCAGCGGUCGUUACCAUUUGGUACUUUUUUGGGCCUGGGUACUUAUGUCGCUGUGCAACAAGGUCACUUGAAACCGAAUCCUCGUUUUGGUGCAUUUCCAAAGAUAACAUUAGCAGUUGUUGUGGGAUACUUUCUUGGCAAGUUGUCAUAUCAACAAGCUUGUGCUGAAAAACUAAUGGCAUUGCCUGGAAGUUACAUUGGGCAAAUUCUCCGGGAUCGCCGUGAUGGAAAAGUGGGGACACCGGCACCUCCAAAACAAACAACAACCAUGUUUGGCGCUACCCCAAACGAAAUCUAUUCAGAUGCAGGGCCGGGCAACUCACUUGAUCUCGAUACCGAUCGCCCUCUGUUCAAUGAUGACUCCUUCAGGCCUGGUGCUGAAGUGCCCAUUGUAAACAGCCCGGACAACAUACCAGCACGUCCGUCACUCUCCUAUGAAGAACUCCGUCGUCGAAACCGUGGCGAGUUCGUGGAUUCUCGGCAGGAUCCUUACAAGGUGGAUCCGAGCGCCGUCCCGCACGUAACGCGCUCGAGGCCGCAGCCCCCCGCCUUCCCGGCCCCCGCGCCCCCCACCACCAACAAAUACGGCGACCAGAUGGAG